GCAGCUGUUGCACAUCCUGGACGAGAGAGAAAGAGAGAGAGAAUGAAAGACAUCAGGAUGAAAGGAAGGCAGAAUUAGGAAAGAAAGAAACUGUCCGGUGUGUGAGUUGGAGAGAGAUGAAGCUCCAGCAGAGACACUGCAGUCGUGUGUGUUUGUCUGAUCAGCAGGACAGAAGCUUCUUCAGUGUGAAAAGCACAAGAUGAAGAUGAUGAUGGAGAUGAUGAAGAUGAUGAUGAAGGCAGUGUUGGCUGGGUGUGUGAUUAUCUGUGUGUUUUCCGGACGCGGUGUGUGUUUCUCUCGUGGAGCGAGUGUCUCGUCGUGUGUGAGCAUGAAGCCCGGACACAUCAGCUCCUUUCCACAACACACACGCACACACUCCUCCGUCACCAUACACACCAGCCGAUCAGUGUACCUGCCACAACACACACUCACAGUUACGGUUCAGAGUUCGCGGGCGUUUAUGGGGUUUCUGCUGCAGGCUCGCUCUGUUCUGGAGGACCGGGUCGUCGGCGAGUUCACACACCACCCGCCCAGCACACACACACUGUCCUGCCUCGACACGGACGACACCGUCACACACUCAGACAAAACGCUCAAGAGGAACCUGUCCUUCAGCUGGAGGGCCCCGACACACCCCAGCGGAGACCUGCGCUUUUACAUCACGCUGGUCCAGUCCUAUUUUGUGUCCUGGUCGCGAAUCAGAUCAGCCGUGGUGCAUGAUGGGACACGGACAAGACAAACAACGGGCUCAAUACGGGAACAAACAGGCAAACACACAUCCCUGUCCAAAUACACAACCACAUCUACCAACACAACCCCUUCUGUUAACACACACACAAACACACAAUUAGUAAACGUCACUCAAACACCCCUGUCCUCGUAUAGACACACACCUACACACACUAACACAUAUGCACCAUAUAACACAAACACCAACACAGUUUCAACAUAUAGCACACACACAACCCCUUCUGUUAACACACACACAAACACACAAUCACUAAACAACACUCAAACAUCUCUGUCCUCGUAUAAACACACAUCUACACACACUUUCCCAAGAAUAUCUACAUCUCACAGCUCUACAAUCGCUAAAAUAGACACAAACAUACACAAAACUACACAAACACACACUGUCUCAGAUCUAUUAUCACACACCCACAGCGCAGAUACACAGGCAACCAUACAACAAACACACACUCUCCCGAAACUACAGUCACACACCCACACUGCAGAUACACACACAUCCACGCAACAAACACACACUGUCGCGAAUCUACUGUCACAAACCCACAACGCAGAUACACACACAACUAUGCAACAAACACACACUCUACCAAAUCUAUUAUCACAAACCCACAGUGCAGAUACACACACAUCCAUGCAACAAACAAACACUGUCCCGAAUCUACUGUCACAGACCCAGAGCACAGAUACACAGGCAUCUAUACAACAAACACACACAUAUACGCCUUCAGUACACACUCACAACACACAGAUCUUCACAGCAUCCCUGCAUCCCGAAGCUCUCCGUCGAUCCCUCUCCAAUUUUUUCCCAUCCUGGGAGCCAACAGAGGGCGCCGUCUCUCUGACCCCUCGCAAGAAAGACACUUCAAAUCAGUUUAGAGAUGUUCCCAAACACGCUAAAAACACGCCUGGAGUCCCGGAGAGAGGGAACGAGACACCGGAGCACACUCCCGGGAAGAGCACAUCCGAACUGGGCCUGUUACUGGGCCUGUCGGGCGCGCUGGGAAUGGCCGUGGCCGUGGGUCUCCGCUACCUUCAGAGAAAACACUGCCGCAAGCGAACCGCCGUGUCGCUCAACGACUGUAACCACGAAGACCGAGGCAUCAUCCACGUUCAGGAGUGUGGAGACCUGGUGCAGGUGCGCAAAAUACGCCAAAACAGCUUCCUCGUGCUUCAGGCCGAGUACAACCUCAUAACACCGCCCGCAAACUGAACAGGCAGAGGCUCAAUUCCCAACAAGGCUGCCCUUCUUUGAUCAAAAAAAACUAAAAGUUAGGGUUAUAUAUAUAAAUAAUAUAGCAUAUAAAUAAAUAUAU